CUAAAUGGUAAUAUUAAAUUGUGUAGAAAAAAUAUUACUCUUACCUUAAAUUAUUUUUUGUUAAAAAAAGAAAAACACAACUGCAAAACCUGAUUGGAACUGAUCGGAGCAGGCUUCAUAUUCAAUAUCAGAUCCAAUGAAACAUAUCGUGAAGAUUUUGGCGUUAUUGCUUGCAGUAACUGCUGUUUGGAUAGGCUUGUUGCAGACAUCAACUAUUCCGGAGAGCUAUACCUGGCUGUUGCCUUUAUACCUCAUUGUGUCCCUUGGUUGCUAUGGUCUGUUAAUGGUUGGCGUUGGUCUAAUGAAUUUUCCCACAUGUCCUCAAGAGGCUCUUUUCUUACAGCAGGAUAUUGUUGAAGCCAGGGAAUUCUUGAAGAAAAAAGGGGUAGACGUUGGUUCUGAUUGAAUGUUGUUUAAGUCGUGAUCACGGUUGUUUAACAUAUGGAGAAACACAUACAGUGAAGAUGAAGAACACAGUCAGUAGUAUGCUUCAAGUAUGAACAUAACUAUCCUAAUCUUCUAAUGCGGAUCUACGCCAUUCGACAACUGACCCUACUCGAACAUGUUUUUAUUUCUAUUUCUUAUAUAAUACUCUAAUAUCUUCUUUUUGAGUUCUGUUUUGAGAUAGAACAUGUACAUCAUGAUCAUGAUGGAGGUACCUUUUGACCCAUUAAGGCUUCAAGCUAGUAGUUGAACUCAAGACCAAAGAGAACAAGAGCCAUUGA